AUGAUGAAUGUGCUCUCCAGCGGCAACCCCCAGAACCUGCGCAUAAUCCAUCAGCACGACAUUUCAUUAUGUCCACGGCGGAGCAGCUCGGCCCAGCUCGCAGUCACCGUGCACCCUCCUAGCCGCACCAGGAGGCCAUCCUCAGGCUCCUUCCACCGCGGCGCCGUCGUCCCGGUCAGGGCCGUCGCCGACGGCGGCGGCGAGUCCAGCAGCGGCAAAGACGACGACGACGACGACGACGAAGAGAAGCGAAGAAAAGACGACGAGGAGGGGACAUCGUCGUCGGCGUCGAGGCGGAACCGGGAGGAUCUGGAGCGGCUGGUGGGGGCGCCGGCCGACGACGGCUUCAGCGGGCUCGACCUGGCCACGCUCAUCCGGAAGCGCUACGGGCGGAGCUACGACGUGACGCUCAUCCGCAAGGAGUUCAUGGGGCGGAACCUGCUGGCGAUGAACGUGAUGUGGAAGUACCGGGAGCAGCGCUCCUUCCCGCUGACGGAGGAGGAGUACCUGCUCCGGCUCGACGACGUGGCCAACACGCUCCGCUCCUGGGGCGCCGUCGCCCACGUCCGCAACUCCCUCGAGACCACCAAGGACCGCCCCCGCAUCGGCAAGGCCGUCAGCAUCUUCAUCGACGUCGACUCCGCCGGCGGCGGCAACCGCUCCGACGAAUGGAUCUACAAGUGA